GUGUUGUCUUGUUCCCCCACAGCUGGAGCAUCUCUCUCUCCACCCCUCCACCCCUCUGCUUUUCCUCCAUUCAAACCAAACAACGCCUCCGUUCUUUCAGUCACACUAUGCAGAUUGUUUCAGAGGACAAGCAAGAAAGAGAAACAGAUAGAGGCUGCCGGGGACAAUGAAACAGCUGGCUAUGCUAAAGCAGUUCAUUUUGGUAUUCUACAUUUCUUAUCUCAUAUAGCUCUGUAGCUGCAUGUGCGUAGAUGUGUGUGUGUGUGUAGUCGACUUGUACAAAAUCUUGCAUGUUGUGUGGAAAUAAACCCUGUUGGCAACAUUUUGUAAGUUAAGGUUAGGUUGGCCUAUGUAAAGUUAAAGUCAUUCUCCAUAAAAUAAAUGUAGGUAAUUCAAACAAUUAUUAAAAAUAAGCGUUUGUGUGUAAUGGUGAAGUUAAUAUUAAAAAAUAUGUAGCCUAGCUUAAAUGAUGACAAGUGUCCUGAUAUAUCAAGAAUGAUGGACUAUGGAGGGGGUAGUCAGCCUAAAUGUUGUGUAUAGACAUAGCAUACUGUAUUAUUGCGCCAAUUCAGGUUGGAUUUUUUAGGCCACUUGGGGGAAGCAGAACAAGCUGAAAAAACAAGCAACAAAAUAUUAGCACCAUAAAGUUGACAUGUUAGCAAACAUGUUAGCCUAUUUACAAAGAGCAACAUUAGCAUUCAUUUUCAUUCACCUGUGGUCAAGGUGUUCCUUUUUACUCUGGUCUCUACCAACUCCUGAAAAAACUUCCUGGCUCUGUAGGUUUGGUACUGAAUGCUUCAAUGUGCUAACUUUGUCUGCACUUUGGUAAGCAGGUAGUUUACUGGGGGUAUGUCAGAGCUUUCUUGCAGAAAACAGCUGCCUACUGCUGCUGCAGGUUGAUUAAAGUUGAGUUUGAAGGCCUGAAAACCACACACCUCUGGGGUUGUAGUUUAUCUUCCAGCCAGCAGGCGGAGACGUUCAUCUUUAAUGAACAAGCUGGCGACAUAAUCAAAAUGGCGAUGCCUGGACCAGGAAGAUCAGCCAGUGGAGUUCUAUCAUCUGUAACUUUCCAGCUGCUGCUGAACCUGACAACGGCCUACUUCGUCUUUUAUUUUCUGUUCACUCUUGGCUUGAUCAUUAGAAAGAGCUUGGUCCUGUCAUAUCCUGUUGAUGCUCUGGUCUGUGAUGUCAGUCUGCUGUUCCUCCUGGCUGCUCUGGAGUUCCUCCAUUUCUUCUGUGGAGUAAAGGGCAACCUGACGGAGUGUGCAAACUAUAUUCUGGCCAACCUCAUUGUGUUGGGGGCAACUAUCCUGCUGACGGUCUACUUCCUGGUGUGGCAGACGUAUGUGAUGGGGGCAGACGUAAUCAUCAGCAGUGUCUUACUCAUAGUCUAUGGCUUAGAUGGAGUUCUGGCUUUCAUCACUUUAGCCCGACUGGCCAGUUUCUAUUCAUGAAGAAGAGUUCACUUCAUCAUCACGUUGUAUGGAUGUUGGACUGUUAUUUAUAUAUACAUAUUACUACUAAUUACUAUAUUUAAAAUGAGGGGGAUUUUUGUUAAAGGUACCGGUACAUCUGUGCUGCGAGGAUCUGUCAGGGAUCUCACUUUGGUGCCGUCAUAUAAAGGUACCGGUACAUCUGUGCUGCGAGGAUCUGUCAGGGAUCUCACUUUGGUGCCGUCAUAUAAAGGUACCGGUACAUCUGUGCUGCGAGGAUCUGUCAGGGAUCUCACUUUGGUGCCGUCAUAUAAAGGUACCGGUUCAUCUGUGCUGCGAGGAUCUGUCAGGGAUCUCACUUUGGUGCCCUCAUAUAUAUAUAUAUAUA